AUGGCAUGGGCCCGCGACUACUUGACGCUGGGCCUGCUGAUAGCCUUGUUCGUGAUGGAGGCAUCGCACAAUGUUGAUGUGGCCCAAGUGACCAACGUCCGCCGCCGCAUGCUAUACUGUCGGGAUGAGGAGCUCUGCCCGCCUGCGCCUGGGGCGGCCGCCGCCUGUUGUAGCUGCACAUCCACGGCACCGCCUUCCUGUGGCACCAGGCAUGCCGACGGUUGUGGAUGCCGCACCAACGCCAAAGCCGCCGCCAAGGCCAAAGCCGCCUUCCCCGCGCCCGCCAAAGCCACCGCCCAGGCCAAAGCCGCCUUCUCCUCGGCCCCCGCGUCCACCCCCAAGCCCGCGGCCCCCAAAGCCGCCACCAAGCCCGCGGCCACCUUCCCCCCGGCCCCCUCCAUCUCCGCGUCCGCCGCCCAGACCAAAGCCGCCAUCGCCUCGGCCGCCCUCCCCCAAACCACCUUCGCCCGAACCCCCGCCCCCACCCUCGCCACUUCCCCCCAGCCCGCCUCUACCCUCUCCUCCGCCACCCAGCCCCACACCUCCCUCACCACCUCCACCCUCUCCCCAACGUGCAUCGUGUGCCAUAGGCCAAUUUUCUGCAGAUGGACUUGCACCAUGCCAGAACUGCCCGGCCGGUUCAUUUGCCAAUGCCACGAGCUCCAUCCAGUGCCAGCCAUGCCCGCCUGGAUCUGUUUCCGAUGAACCUGGCUCGGCAUCAUGCAUGCCGUGCCCGAUUGGCAAGUUUUCCAACGCCACAGGCGCCAGUGCCUGCCAGAACUGCCCUAUGGGCACCGCAUCCGGCUAUUCCCAGCCUGUCACAAGCUGCGAGCCCUGCCCUGCUGGAACCUUCCAACCAAACGAUGGCCAAGCCACUUGCCUCACCUGCAUCCCUGGGACAUACCGCAACACAUCCGGCUCAAUUUCCUGCCUGUUGUGCCCACUGGACAGCUUUGCUGACACCUAUGGUUCAACCAGCUGCCAGGUCUGCCCUGCUGGGAGCUUCUCCGCGACAGGGAAGGAGCCUUGCCAGCCGUGCCCGAUUGGCAAGUUUUCCAACGCCACAGGCGCCAGUGCCUGCCAGAACUGCCCUAUGGGCACCGCAUCCGGCUAUUCCCAGCCUGUCACAAGCUGCGAGCCCUGCCCUGCUGGAACCUUCCAACCAAACGAUGGCCAAGCCACUUGCCUCACCUGCAUCCCUGGGACAUACCGCAACACAUCCGGCUCAAUUUCCUGCCUGUUGUGCCCACUGGACAGCUUUGCUGACACCUAUGGUUCAACCAGCUGCCAGGACUGCCCAGCCGGGACUGGCACCAACUCCACUGGUGCUUCCACCUGUGUUGCUACCUAGCUCAUCCGGUCGGGAGCCCUUGAACCGGUCGUCAACUCCAGUUUGACGCUUGCUGUGCGCGUCCCUUACGUAGCGAAGCAUGGAAGGCGCCUCGGCAACCUGACCAUCCUGAUAGGGCACCCACUUCCUGCAAAGAGCCUGAACUCCUUCAGGCAAAUGUUCCUCUCGCUGCAUCGCGCCAGCGCGCGCGAGUUUGACUGUACCCGUGUUGCUGAUUGUUUCUGUUGCGGACUGACCACUGGGGAACCGCUCUUCAUAAGCGCCACCUGGGGCCAGGCCCUUGCUUGCGGCAGCAGGGUUUUUUCUUUUCUCAUUGUCCAUUGAUGUUCAGUCUGGUUGCCAUCCAGUCUUCUCUGUGCCUCCCAACGUGCACGCCUUCAUUUGAA